AUGGCAUCAAAGAUUCUUUCCAUCGUCGGCUCGACCCUACCUUUGGUCUUCGGCAUCCUCUCCUUGUCUUUUGUCGCAGUAUCAUUUACUUCUCGAGACUGGGUGCGGCAAGAAUACUUUCCACCACAGCUCCAGCCCUUAGACUGGAAAGAUCCCCUUUUCACGCUUUACCGAAGUCCAUUCGUCGUAUGUGGUGCAAGUCCUUCCAGGAACGGGUCCGAGAUCUUGAGAUACGACAUCAAUUGCUCUAGAUUCGCUGUAUCCGGCCGCGGAAAGACUGCUUGCCAGACACCAAACGAGACUGACGCCUAUUCUUCGAUCACAGGCGACUGGCGCAUGUGCCAACAGAUUCAUCUGUCUGGCAACCUCGUUCUGGCUGCUUUGGUGUUCGUUUCAGUAGCGUUGGCAACGCUGAUCGGUCUCUCGAUUGUAUUCAUUCCAAGAGCCGUUAGAGGGGGACAAGUCUUCGGAACUCCCUCGGAUGUGGAGGACUCGAUGGAAGGUUCCUCUCGUAGACCUCAAAAGGCAACAGCAGCUCAGACAUCUGUAACAACUUCAACUCAGCAACCGAUUCAGUCACUCGCUAUUAUCAUAGCAACCUACGCCCUACUGGUUGCUCUCUCGGUCACCGCUAUGUGUACUUUUCUCUCGCAGUUCUACGGUAUUCUUGGUUUGAUUCAGAGCCAGCCAGACAAUGGAUUAUGGGCAUCAUUGAGCCUAGGAGCGGUGCAGGACCAGCAAACUGGAGAUCUUCAUCAUGCGCCAUGGAUACAGGGCAACGUUCUUACGAUAUACAUGUCUUUAGCCUGGUUGUUCAGUGCUUUGGCUGCCGGUGCCAUUGGUGGGAGUUGGCUUUCAAAUUUUAACACCAGGACUUAG